GGAACGUUACUCCAACUCCUUUCCUCACACUCUUACCCUGUGAUUUAAUAAAACUGUUUUCUUUAGUUUAUGAUAUCUCCUUAAUCCUUCUACGUCUGGCCCCCAUUUUAUACCUUAAUAUCUCCACAGAUGACGGACAACCCACCAACGAAGGCCGUCGCGCCGGCCAAAAAAAACCGCAAAGAGAAUAAAACACUCGUGGAAGCGCAGCAGAAAUAUGGACGGGGAAGGGCGAUUGCGACGCACACUGUGAAGGACAAGAAACUGCGCAGCGACCUUAAAGCUGUCGAAAAGAAGUACAAGGAAGCAGCACUCAAGGCAAAGGAUGCGGAGAUUCUCUUGGAGCACGACGCCGGAUUUCUUGAAGCCGAAACAGAGCUGGAGCGGACAUACAAGGUCCGACAGGAUGAGAUUAAAGAAAACGUUGGCAUUGAGACAGCCAAGAAGGGCUUCGAGUUGCGACUGAACGACUUCGGGCCCUACCGGGCAGACUAUACGAGAAAUGGACGUGAUCUACUGCUGGCCGGCCGCAAGGGUCAUGUUGCGACAAUGGACUGGCGUGCAGGAAAACUAGGAUGCGAGCUUAAUCUGGGAGAAACUGUUCGGGACGCUCGGUGGUUGCACAAUAACCAAUUCUUUGCUGUGGCCCAGAAGAAAUACGUCUACAUCUACGAUCAUGCUGGAACGGAAAUCCAUUGUCUCAGCAAGCAUCUUGAACCGCUCUUCCUCGAAUUUCUUCCAUACCACUUCCUUCUCGCUAGCGCUCAAAUGAGCGGCUACCUCAAGUACACCGAUACUUCUACCGGACAAAUGGUCGCCGAAUUGCCUACCCGUAUGGGCGCUCCCACAUCACUCUGCCAGAACCCGUGGAACGCUAUCCUUCAUGUCGGCCACCAGAACGGAAAUGUCACUUUAUGGUCCCCUAAUUCCCAGACGGCGCUGGUGAAGGCCCUCGUUCACCGGGGCCCUGUUCGUUCAAUGGCCGUGGACAGACAAGGUCGCUAUAUGGUUUCUACAGGCCAGGAUUUGAAGAUGAACGUGUGGGAUAUCCGUAUGUUCCGUGAAGUGCAUUCAUACUCGUGCUACCAGCCGGGAUCCUCGGUUGCGAUCAGUGACCGCGGCCUCACAGCGGUUGGCUGGGGCACCCAAGUCAGCGUCUGGCGCGGUCUCUUCGAUGCAGCAGUCGCCGACCAAGGCAAAGUCAAGAGCCCAUACAUGGCCUGGGGUGGAGACGGCCAACGUAUCGAGAACAUGCGCUGGUGCCCCUUCGAGGAUGUCUUGGGUGUCACCCACGACCAGGGCUUUGCCAGUGUCAUUGUCCCAGGCGCCGGUGAACCCAACUUCGACGCGCUGGAGGCUAACCCGUACGAGAACACAACACAGCGCCAGGAGGCCGAGGUGCAAAGUCUGCUGAACAAGCUGCAACCCGACAUGAUCUCCCUCGACCCCACCUUCAUCGGAAAACUGGACACCAUCCGCGACCAGAAGAACCGCGAAGAGCGCGAUCUCGACCGCAGACCCGAAGACACGAUGGAGAAGCUCAAGAACCGUGGUCGUGGCCGCAACAGUGCACUGCGCAAGUAUCUGCGGAAGAAGGGCCGCAGGAACGUCGUCGACGACAAGAUGGUCAAGGCCGAGAUGCUGCGCAAAGAGCACCAGGCUCGUGCAAGGGACAAGCUCCGUUCCGAGCGGGAGGAAUUGGGACCUGCGCUGGCCCGAUUCGCCAAGUAGGUCUCUCGGCGAAUUCUUGGAUAUUUGCUUUUUUGCUUCUUUCCUUCAGGGAGCUUUUCAUAUACCCGAUGCUCUCGUAAGAGCGACAGCUCUUAUUGGUUUUGUUCACGACGAAUUACUCUGCAUUUGUGAGGCGUUGGUCAAGGGUGCGGAUAUGGGAUUUCAAAAGUUUUUCUUUGUCAAACUCGCGCCUUUUAUACGUAGUGGAUAGACAGAUCAUCAAUUGUACAUUUACAAACACGUUCAUAUAUAAA